AUGCAGAAGAUGUCAUCUUUGCCGUGGGCCAGCUACCUCAGGACAAGCGGAGCCUCCUCUUUCUCGCCGACACCGAGUGCGUUGGUAGAUCAGCGUCUGGGCAGCCAAAGUCGUCAGCGGGAUCUUCCAAAAAGCGCCAGAGAUGCUCGGGCGGCCCUUCGAACGAAAGCGACAACAUCGGCAAACCGCCAGCUGGCAGGUCUGGAGGGAGCGAAAAGGGAAAAGAUGGAGGCUGUGGAGAGAAUGCUGGAGGCGGAGGGAGUGGCCGCUCAGGCGGCGGCGGCACGCCGCCUGCCAAGAAGACGAGGCAGGAUAAGAAUCGCUGCUGGAUCUGCCCAUACAGUCUCGCCUACCCCAGUAUCAACGAGAUCGCAUCCUUCAAAUACUGCAAGUCUUAGCAUGAACUCCAAAUCCUCAAGCCAACCUGCAUGUUCUGUGCUAAUCUGCCCAAGGUCUCAUCUUGUAAAGCAUCAUUCCCCAGGCGCCAGGAAUGUCGGCUCGCGUGCAACAGACCACGCUCAAUUCUACAUGGACUCUCGGCAAACAGAGGACGUUCAGGCGAAGAUCAGGUCGUACAAGAGGCGCCCUCGGAACUGGGACGACUGGCACUCAUACUGGAAGGCCCUUUUUAUUGAGGUGUGGUAUAUCAUCUUCCCAAAGGAGCAUUUUCCUGACCUCAGAGAGCCUCGCUCCCCUUGUAUGUUCAUGUCCUCGAUCCAUGUCCACCUAACCAGCGAUGAAUAUGCGGAUCUUGGACGCAUUGCGAAGGUAAUGUUCGAAGCAAUCCAUGAUACCGAAGCAGACCGUGCUGUCAGGGCCAACAUCGUUGCCUCGAAACAAGACUUUUGUCCAACCAGGGACGAGGUACUCGAUAUGAUGUCGAAAGCUUUGGAAAUCGUGCUGCACGACUCACCGAGCGCUGUUGGCGCUUCUCAGUGGCUCACUCAAUCCACCCCCGAGGCUCUCCAAGCCGCAGUUGCAGCACAAUACAACGCGCCUGAACCGCAGCCCGGAACAGCCAUGGCCGCAUCGCACGGCACAGAGCGCGAGAUUGACAUUCAAGAGUUCGUGGCGCGACCGUUGUUGGCGAUAGAGCCCUUAAUGCGGGAGUUCGCGCCCUUUACUCCGGGUGCUCUACAAGCAGUCCCGCCCACCUGGCCUGAUUGCUACUCGAUACUGUCAUCCAACGACACAUUUGCCGCAAUCAACAUGAAGUUGACUCCGACCAUUCUGCAGUUGCUCCAGGCCAGAUUCCAAGAGGGCGACCAGGAUUUCACUCUGCCGGUCAAUUUUCGCGUCACAAUCACGAAUGAGACAUUGUUUACCGCCCCAGUCAUGGCUAUCAUGGCAGAGAUCGAUCAGCUAGACACGGAAUCCACGCUAGGAAACAGUCUGCCAUCAUCGCCUCAACUAUCAUUGAUGCAAGGCAUCUCCAUGCGGAUGGUUCAAAUGAAGCCAUUGAGUCGGGAGGAACAUGAACUGUCCCAUACAAGGAACAUCCCAGGAUCAGAAACAUCCGAAAUGUAA